GCUUAGUGCAGCUCAUAGCGCUCGCUCUUAGGGCCCCGCAGUGCUCGCUGGAAGCUAGCUUCCAGCGAGCGCGAAAUGGACGCUGGCGCCCCUGCCCCUGAGGGCCUGGAGCUCCCUGACGGCCUGCUAGAGGCCAUACAGCUGCACCUGAACCUGUCUGUGCUGGCUGUGCUGUGGACAGCCUUCAUUCUACCCGCCAUCGCGACCUCGAUUCCUCCAUCGUUCGCCUCGAGCCCGGGGACUCGCCUCGGCGACUAGAGCGUAGUCCGCCCUACGCACAACGCUGUUGCUCCACCGCACCCGACGACAUUGGUGACAGCAAGGUCGUCUCAGCGAGGCAGUCAACGCCGAGAAGCGCGGCGCAAAGCGCGCAAACGCGUCUAGCAAGCAGUAGGGCAAGACCAGUGCGCAAUCUCUGAGCCAGCUAACGGAAGCACAACCGACUUUGCGAGUUCACGGAGCUCAGGGGCGACGUGGAAAUUUUCAUGGGACGAGCGCCCCAUGGAAACGCCUGGACUCGGAAAAUCGGCGCCCGUCGUCCCAUGGAAACACCCCUAAUGGCCGAAGUUUUGGGCAUGGGAUCUGUUGCGUGCUGGUUUAUAGUCCACUAUGGCUUUCCUCAAAAUUUCUGUCUUCACCUGCGACCUCACACUCGCGAAGCCGCUCCUCGCUCCGGCUGAUUUGGACCCGCCCCCGAUUGGCGACCAAUAGUCCAGUAGUCUAGUAGUAUGCCACCGAUGUAUGAGGUGUUGGGCCCAGGAUGGUAAAAACAAGGGAAACCGUGCUUGUGCGCGUGUGUUUUGCGUGCGUGAUGAGCGGAGGCGGGGUUUGACAAAGCCAUGCGCAGGAAAGCAGUACGCAACUCGUGGCAGAGCCAGGGUCGCCGUCGCAACCUUAACAAAACUGCGGAGCGCUCUGCCUUUAGUUGUAACCUGGCUGGGUU